AUCUCUCUCUCUCUCUCUCUCUCUCUCUCUCUCCAUUGGCUGCCUGAGCACUGCACUCUGCAACUCCCCCACCAGCUCUCACUGCCGUAGGGUACCGGAUUUCGAUGGCUGCAGCCGUCCCCACCAUUGGAGCCGUCAACCGAGCACCGCUGAGCUUGAAUAGCUCUGGCGGUGGAGCUUCAGUUCCAAGCUCAGCCUUCUUGGGAAGCAGCUUGAAGAAGGUGAGCUCAAGAUUUAGCAACUCAAAGGCUUCCAAUGGGAGCUUCAAGGUUGUUGCAGUGGUUGAAGAAGAAGGGAAGCAUCAGACAGAGAAGGACAAAUGGAAAGGCCUUGCUUUCGACGAAUCCGAUGACCAGCAAGACAUCACCCGAGGAAAGGGUAUGGUUGACUCACUCUUCCAGGCUCCCUCCGGAACUGGAACUCACUAUGCUGUCAUGAGUUCUUACGACUACAUCAGCACUGGACUUCGCCAGUACAACUUGGACAACAACAUGGAUGGAUUUUACAUUGCACCUGCCUUCAUGGACAAGCUUGUUGUUCACAUCACCAAGAACUUCAUGACCCUGCCUAACAUCAAGGUUCCUCUCAUCCUUGGUAUUUGGGGAGGUAAAGGACAGGGAAAAUCUUUCCAGUGUGAGCUUGUGUUUGCCAAGAUGGGAAUCAACCCCAUCAUGAUGAGUGCUGGAGAAUUGGAAAGUGGGAACGCAGGGGAGCCAGCGAAAUUGAUCAGGCAAAGGUACAGAGAGGCAGCUGAUAUAAUCAGGAAGGGAAAAAUGUGUGCCCUCUUCAUAAACGAUCUGGACGCAGGAGCUGGUAGGCUUGGUGGAACCACACAAUACACAGUGAACAACCAGAUGGUUAAUGCCACUCUGAUGAACAUAGCUGAUAACCCGACAAAUGUCCAGCUCCCCGGCAUGUACAACAAGGAAGACAACCCCCGUGUUCCCAUCAUAGUCACCGGUAACGACUUCUCAACAUUGUAUGCCCCUCUCAUCCGUGAUGGUCGUAUGGAGAAGUUUUACUGGGCACCUACAAGGGACGACCGCGUUGGUGUCUGCAAAGGGAUCUUCCGGAAUGACAACGUUUCUCCUGAUGACAUUGUCAAACUUGUUGACACCUUCCCUGGCCAAUCAAUCGAUUUCUUCGGUGCCCUGAGGGCCAGAGUUUAUGAUGAUGAAGUGAGAAAGUGGAUUUCUGGUGUUGGGGUAGAUGGAAUUGGGAAGAAACUUGUGAACUCAAAAGAAGGACCCCCAACAUUCGAGCAGCCAACGAUGACCCUGGAGAAGCUCCUGGAGUACGGAAACAUGCUUGUCCAAGAGCAAGAGAAUGUGAAGAGAGUCCAACUUGCUGACAAGUACUUGAGUGAGGCUGCUCUUGGAGAUGCUAACCAGGAUGCUAUUAAGAGUGGAAGUUUCUACGGCCAAGCAGCCCAGCAAGUGAAUUUUCCUGUUCCUGAAGGUUGUACUGAUCGAAAUGCAGCAAACUUUGAUCCAACUGCUAGGAGUGAUGAUGGGAGCUGCCUUUAUUCAUUCUAGGUCUUUUUCUAGGUAUUGGGUGAAAUUUUCAAAGGAUGUUAGAUAAACAUUAAUUAUGAUGUUACUCUGUUUCAAAUGGCUUCUUAGCCUCUAGUUUUGUGUUAUAAUGAAUACGCUUUCAAAGGUGUAUGCUUUCUUUCUUA